CAGUUCAAUCAGUUGGGGUGGGGAGCAUGUUCACAAGCCUGAUGGCCUGCGGGUAGAAAAACUGUUUGUCAGUCUCGUGGUCCUGGAGUUCAGACUCCUGUAGCGCCUGCCUGAUGGAGGAGAGUGAAGAGUCUGUGCUGGGGGUGUGUACUGUCCCUGAUGAUGUUGUGGGCUCUCCUGGUGACCCUGGUGGUGUAAAUGUCCUGAAGUGAGGGGAAGGCUGCUCCUGCGAUGUACUGUGCGUAGUAUAUGUAGAUGUGGUAGUAGUAGUAUUAGCAUGAUGUAGUAGCAUGAUGCAGGCUGAGGGAAACAAAAACGUAAAUACUAUUCAAUACCAUUCACAGGUUUGUCCAAUGCAGUACUGCAGUACUCGGGGUGGGGUCCAUGGAUGGGAUUUCCAGGAUGUGCUGUUUUCAGGUUACGCUCCAGAUGGGGGGAUGUUCAUGCCAGAGAGUGUGCCUGUGCUGAGCCCAGGCACCCUGAGGGGCUGGAGGGGGCUGACCUACACCAAACUGGUGGUGGAGGUCGCCUCACUGUUCAUCCCCACUCAGCUGAUCCCCAGAGUGGACCUGGAGGUCUUAGUGGGUGAAGCCCUGUCUGGUUUCUCAGUGCCUGAGGUGUUGAGGAUCGCCCGGCUGAAGCAGGGUCUGUCAGUCCUGGAGCUCUUCCAUGGAGACACCUUGGCCUUUAAGGACCUGGCUAUGACCUGUACCGUGCGCUUCCUCGACUACUUCCUGAGAAAACAGAAUCGCAGCGCUACAGUUCUUGUAGGUACAUCAGGAGACACAGGUGGCUCGGCCAUCCAAAGCGCGAGAGGUCUCAGUGGGUUGGAUGUGGUGGUGGUUUAUCCCAGAGGACGCAUCACUCCAGUCCAAGAGAAACACAUGAUCACCUGCCUGGAGGAUAACGUCCAUGUGUUUGCAGCAGACGGCAGCUCAGAUGACAUAGAUCAGCCUCUGCGCCGUCUCUUUGCUGACCAGGAGCUGGUUAGGUCUCACGGCCUAAUGAGCCUCAACUCAGUCAACUGGUCUAGAGUCAUGAUCCAGCUCGCCCACUUCAUCUAUGCUUACCUGGAGCUCAGUGGUAUGGAGCAGGCCGAGGCUGACGAAGACCUACCUGGGCUGGAGGUGGUGGUGCCCACUGGAGGAGCGGGAAACAUUGCAGCUGGCUACAUUGUGAAGCAGAUGGGAUUUCCCCUGAAGCUGGUGGCCAUGGUGAAUUCUAAUGACAUAGUGCACAGGAUGGUAACCACUGGUGACUUUUCCAUGGCAGCUGAUGUCACACAAACUUUGGCUCCUGCCAUAGACAUCCAGGACCCGUACAACAUGGAGCGAGUGUUCUGGCUGCUGCUGGGCAGAGAUGGAGCUUCAGUGAAGAACAUAAUGGAGGAGUUUCAACAAUCACAUCGACACUCUCUGCCGGAAAACCACCGCAAACUAUUAUCACAAGUUUUAUCAACUGGAACAGUGACUGAUGAAGGGAUCCUGGACACCAUGAGGAGGUGCUGGGAGGAAAACCAGUAUGUCCUGUGUCCACACACAGCUGUAGCUGUAUGGCAUCACUACCACUGUACUCACAGCCCCAGCCUCAACAGGUGUUACAUUGCAACAGCAUCUCCAGCCAAGUUUCAGGCAGCAGUGCAGAGGGCUGGCCUGAACUUUGACCUACCUAAGGCAGUGCUGGCAUUGGACAAGUUGGCCACCCGUUACCAGAACCUGGAGCGGAGCCUGAACUGGUGCAAAGACUGGGAGGACAGACUGAGAGAGAAAAUCCAGUCUGUGAGUUCAGCCAGGAAAAACCGAGGGACUUACUACAGCUGAUUAUGAAAGAUGUAAUAUUGUAAUAUAGGGUUUUUGAAAACCUGAUUGGACAUUAAACUGCAUAUGGUGAGAUCAGGUUACUCUGGCAGCUUGUCCUUGAUCUAUAUGUUUUCUUAUCUGGAUGUAGUAAAUGAUGUUGAUGGAAAAGGCCUCUUGUUGCCUCUUUGAUGAACUUUGAUCUGAUGUGUCAUACGAAUAGUCGCUGUAUUUGUACAGUAAUUUCAUGCACCACAAACCAAUCAACUAUUCACAAUGUUCAAUCUUCCUUCCACAACUGUAACAGAAAUGUAAAUGAAUGAUAAAAAAUGUAAUCAAACUGAGUUUAAUUGUCUCAAUUAAUUUAAUUACACAAGUUUGUCACAUGCUAUUUAACAAGUUUAGUUUCCAUAACUGACUGAUACUUACCCUUCAGGAAUACAGGUGAUGUUCUUGUCUAGCUGUAUUUACACUGCUUGCUAAGCUUCAUUUACUACAUCCACAACAACCAUCCCAGAAAUGCUAAAUGGAAUAUGAAUAAGGAUGUUUUAAGAAUCUAUAUAUCAUCUUAAAAGUCAGUAGUCCUAAUGUUAAGCUUUUAAUUGAGUUCGGUUUUAUUUUUCAUUCCAACUUUAUCCAUAUAAGAAUACAAAUAGAGCAGAAUGAGCUAUAGUUUCUCUAAAGAGCAGCACAGACACAACAUGUCCUUUUCUGCGGAAUUUAAAUACGGAUGGACAAUCUUGUUACAUUGAGGUUCAUAAAUCAAUUAUCAUUGACAUUAUGAAAUCAUUUUCAUUUUGAAAUUAAGUGGAACAAAAGUAUAAAGCCACAGAAAACGGAGAUACUCAAGUAAAGUACUAGUGCCUCAAAAGGUACAGUACUUAGUUACUUUCCACCUUUGAUAUUGGAGAUGUUAUUAGUUACACCUGUGCUUAUCCUGCUUACAUGUCAAAAUGUCUGCUGUUAAUGAGGUCCAUUGUCUAUAAAUGCAUCUGUAAAUAAUG